AACAUAUUGAUAAGAAAAAAUGGUUUGCGAGAAGUGCGAGGCCAAGUUGUCCAAAGUUUCCGCCCCGAAUCCCUGGAGAACCAGUACGGCGCCAGCCGGCGGUCGAAAAAUCAACGAAAACAAGGCAUUAUCCUCCGCCCGCGAGCGAUAUAAUCCCAUAGGAACGGCUUUGGCGCCCUGCCGGAUCUGCCGGCAGAAGGUCCACCAGAUGGGAGCCCACUACUGCCAGGCGUGCGCCUACAAGAAGGCCAUCUGCGCCAUGUGCGGCAAGAAGAUCAUGAACACCAAGAACUACAAGCAGAGCUCAACGUGAUGCGGUUUAUCCGGGGAUUCACUUAAGCCUAACCUAGCCAUAGACAACAGUAUAAUUAUAUCGUAUAGUACAACAAAUGCCU